AGAUUAAUUCCUGUCGGGGUUUAAGUGGCUGUCGACGUAAAGAUGAGGGGGAAGAGAGGGACUGACCCGAUCCAGCGCCCGUAAUGAUCGCGGUCUUCCCAUCGACUGAGAAAGGCAGGGUGCUCGCCCCGGCCAGCUUGGUCAUUUUGGCGGUCGCGACGUGCAGAUGGUGGGAUCCGCCGUGCUGGUGAUAAGUCUCAGGAUACCGGUCGUCAUCCCUGGUCGAGGCUCGGGACUAAAUAGCAGUUGCAUUCGCGCCGAGGGAGCGGGGAAGCUGGUGGCAGCGAGCGGGGAACGGGCAAAUCAUCGAGACCAGCUGCCAAUCCGAGCAUUCCGGGGCAAGGUCCGAGGUCAGGGACAUUUGGUAUCCAGUAACUGCUGCCAUUCGCUAUCCAAUUCGCUAUCCACGUCUUCCCUGGCUCAUGAUGUCACGACGUGGUGGGUAGGUUGGAGCUUUUGAUGUCGAGGGGACCAAUCGAGAGACGGUCGGGGAGCCGAGGGGUAGACCCACUGCAUCGGAGCUUCAUGCUUCAGAGUAGACAAGGACCAAAUAGUGUUGG